AUGCCGCCUCCGGCCCUGCCGCCGGACGUCGAGGCGUGGGCUCUGGCGGAGAUGUACGAGCUGCUUCUUGAGGACGCGGAACAUUCGCUGAUUUCUGAGUUUGCCUCCUUCAUCCUCCUUCCCGCGGGUCCUCCCAGCGGCGCGUCGCAGAGCGCGGACGGCGGGGACGCAGACGGCGACGCGGCGGAGACGAAGCACCAAGAGAAACUGCGGGCGGAAGAGCGAGAACUCGCGGACUUCGUUGAGUGCCUCGUCGCGCCCAUGCGCGCGGACUUCUCGCCUCAAAUUGCGAAAGACGUUGUCUUGUUUGCUGCGGAGUUCGCUCGGCGCGUGCGCGAAAGCAGACAGCCGAAGCCGAGUCCGCCAGCGGUGAAACCCCUCGAGAGCUGCUCGCCUUCGGAGCCCGAACGAAAACGGGAAAAUACUGAGGCGCUCCAGGAGGACGGAGACGACCGGAGGGAGGUCAGGGACGACGCGGCGCAGACGUCCGCAGGCGGCGAGACGCCAGGCGAGGCCGCGCCGACGUCUCUCCCCCGAGAGGAUGACCCGUGUUCCUCCCUCUCCUUUCCUCUGGCGUUUCUUUCUCCUUCUCCCGCCCCUCUGUUUCCGUCGUCCUUCUAUUCCUCCUCACCGACGCAGGAACCCAGCGCAGAAGAAGAAGCGUGGGCGGCGCUCGUCUCGCCGGAAGAGCUCGCGGGCAUCCAGUCCUUUCCUUCAUCCGCGAGCGGCGGCGUUUCGGCCGUGUGCGUCUCUUCGCUCUCUCGGCACGGCCUCCAGGAGGCCUCGUCUGCUUCUGUGUUCUCGUCGCCAGCGAGCCAACUGAACAUCUCCGCGGCGCUUCCGGCGGGGGUGGCGGAGGACGCGCCCGUCCUCCUGUCUCCGCUCGCCGACGCCUCCGCGGGCGCCCCGCCCUCGCCCUCCUCUCCGCGGACAUCUUCGCCUCCUCGAGCUCCUUCGCCGCCUUCAGCUUGUUCGUCUCCUUUGUCUGCUUCGCCGGUUUCUGAGCCUCCGCCCUGUGCGAUGUCCGCGGCCUCUUGGCAAGACGAUGUGCCUUUGCCGCCAGGUCUGCCGGUCUCGCUCGCGCGGGGCUUUACGCGGGAGCCGCGCGAGACGAAGCGAGUGAAGAAAACGCGCCUGCAGCUGGACGCCUUCGGGCUCGCUGCGGGGCGUCUCUCGCUCGACGGGCGCGUGCGGCGGCAGCGGGGUCUCUUUGCGCAGAAAGAGGCCAAAUACGCCGCGGCGGAGGCGCGCUGCAUCUGCCUCUGCAUGGGAGUUGAACACGGCGUCCACGGCAGCUGUCUUUACUGCGGAAAGGUCGCGUGCAAGAUGGAGGGCGGCGAGGACUGUCUCUUCUGCGGAAACCGAAUAAAGGCCGCUGCAGAAGCCCGGCGCGCCGACAGCGAGGUCCCCAGCGCGCGGCGAGGCGCGGGGCGAGGCGGAGACAGACGAGACAGAGACAGGUGGGCUGCAGCCGACAGCGACGGCUGGCUCGAAGAAGAUCGCCUGCAGGACGCGACGCCCGAGGAGAGAGACCUCGUCAAACAGAAACGCCUGCAGGCGCUCAGAAGAGCGACGGCUUUGAAGGACCGCCUGAUUCACUUCGACCGCACGAGUGCAGUGCGCAGCAUCGUCUACGACGACGCCACGGACUGGUUCGCAGAGGCAGGAAACAUUUGGAUCGACGCGAGCAAGCGGGCUGAGGCCUCCGAGCUGCAUGCAGCCCAGCAGCGCCAGUCCGAAACAGACAGACGGCGCGCGCGCAUCACGUUGGACCUGGCGAACAAGACGGUCGUCGACGAGUCGCAGAUGCGGGCGGAAGAGAGACUCCGCGAGACAGAGGAAGCCCUGCAGCGCUUCCACUUGCAGUGCGCAGGAGGGCCUCGGGCACACGCGCAGGACAGCCAGCUGUCUCCUCGGGGCAGCCGCGUCCACGCGCCCUCGUCAGCCGGUACGCGAAACAGGUCUGUGGGCCGCGAGGCCCAAGCCGGGCGAGGAGACGGCUUCGUCUGUGGAGACGCGGAGAGCGACGACCCAGCGGCCGGCGGCAGCGCGCACUGGGGAGGAAAGAAGAUAUACUUUGAUGACAAGAAGCGGCGAGAAGAGGAAGAACGACUCCGCAGGCCGAACGCCUUCCUGCCGCUGUCUAGGGAGGAAGAACGACGGCAGCUCGCUCGACUAGAGGAAAUUCAGAAACAGGGGAAGGAGCACGUCCUCCGCCGCUGGAGAGACGAACGCGAGGCCGAAGACGAGCUCGCGGAGUGGGAAGAAGACGCCGCGGCCGCAGAGCAGGGCUCGGCGGCGAAAGCCAACGAGAAACGCAGUCUCCAGACCGCUUCGGUACAGAAUCCUGUGCUGUCAUCCACCUCGCGCCGGCUCCUGGCCGCGCUCCGGGAGGCGAGUGCGCCUCCAGGGAACGCGCACGCGCUCGCAACCGACUUGGCUAUUUGGGCUCCAGGGACGCGCUCGGGGCGCGGAGACAGUGCCGGCGGCUUUUUCGCGGCGCGCGCAACGCUCAGAGGGGCCGCCGCGAGGGACGCGCUCGCGCCCGCGGCCGUGGAGCUCCCCCAAGGGAGGUGGCAACAGAGUCUGCAGGGGCGCCUGCAAGAGAAGGAGGAAGAAGAAAGAAGGAAGGAAGACGAACAAAAAAGGGAGAGAGAGCGAGAGGCGGCAUGCGGGAAAAGAGAGGAGGCGGAGAAAAAAAUUCUCUCGGUUUCCCCUUCUGCAUACACUGCUUCGUCUCUCCAGGCGGACGGCAGAAAGCAGCGCCUUUUUGCUGUCGCAGAGCCGCUGCUCUUCGGAGAAGAGGAAGUAGACGACUGCCGAAGAGGUGAGGAAACCGCCUCUUCUCAUGCAGAUCGCUCGUCUGUCUCGUGUGCGCGCGAGGAUGCCGAGCGUCAGCAUUGUCGGGGCGAAGAAGAAAGUGAGGAAGACGCGGCGAGGCAAAAAGCCCACGAGGAUGCACACGACGAAGGCCUCUGCCUCACCGUGAGGCAACCGUUCGCGUCCCUGAUCGUCGCGGGCUUUAAGACCAAGGAAGGCCGUGACUGGCCCUUGAAGCACCGAGGCAGGCUGUGGAUCCACGCGGCGUCGACGCCGCCGGAUCCCGACGUGGUCGCAGGCGCCCGGCGCUUCUACGAGCAGCUCCUUCUCAACCAGUCUUCCUCGGCUUUCUCUUCUUCUCUCGAGGAAGAAGGAGCCGCAGACGCAGAGGCCAGGGCGGGCGACGCUGAGGCGCACGACGAACGAAGGCGAGCGCUCCUGCCGCACUUUCCAGUGGAUUUCCCGACUUCCGCAGUUGUGGGCUGUGUCACCGUCGCGGACUGCAGAGAAAAGAAGGAAACCAAUUCGCUGUGCGACGAGACCGAGGGUUUUCUCUUCGAUUUUCUUCUGCGAAGCCCGCGCAGCCUGAUUGUGCCCGUGAAAAUGCGUGGAAAUGAACGCGUCUGGAAAAUUGACUCCGCCAAGCUCCCGCGCCUCCAGGGCGCCUUGCAGAAGCCUCGCUGGCCGCGGCUGCUGAGUCACCUCCACACAGCGCAGGAGUGA